AACAGGUGUCUGAGAAGGGCUUCUGUGAGAGCAGGGCGGAUAGCCAGACAUUUCACACCUGCAAGAGUCCUGCAGGUAGAGCGGAAAGAAAAGGCAAACCGGGGCACCCCCUUGAGAGGGCACACUCUUUUGCUUUCUCUUCGCGUGCCUUCAGCUAGAGAGCAUAUUCAUUAUAUCUUGCACCCGAUUUCCUCCUUGAUGGCUGGUCACAUAGAUUCUUCUAGACUAGCAGCGACUUCUCUGAGGGGUUUGUUAUUGUUUUGCGGUUAAGAGGGAAGAGAUCAGUGAACAUUCUCUCUGGUAAGUGGAGGGUUCUCAGCGAUGAGAAGAGGAAGACUUCAAAGCCGAAGGGGAAAGCAGCCUUCGCUGGUCCCCACGUCUCGCGGUACCCCUACUCCAUACGCGUGACCUCCUUUGGAGACCCCAGGUGGCACAUCAGUAUUUGAUCUGCUCUUCCCCAGACUGCUGCGGGCGUUCGGUCACACACCACCCAGCUGCUGAAGCCGGAGCCCAGCUCCGCAGGCGACUUUGGAAGGACCAUCUCCGUGCUCGCCCCCUGCUCGGGCUGCUUGUGUUUCCGGGCCCCCGGGGCGCGGCACCCACCAUGCUCGGUUGCCCACGGCUGGCGCUGCUCUGCGCGCUGCCUUGGCUCCUGCGGGCAGCGGUCCCCGGCCACCCGGCAGAGCCCUUUGCCCAGUCCACAGAGCUGCUCCGUGAUCCCCGCGACCCCGCCAGGGCCGCCGACUUUGAUCACGUCUACAACGGGGUGGUGAACCUCAGCACCGAACACAUAUACUCCUUCAACUACACCAGUCACCCUGGCCAGGUGACAGCGGUGCGAGUGCAUGUGAACAGCUCCUCUGAGAACCUGGACUACCCAGUCCUCGUCGUGGUCCGCCAGCAGAAAGCAGUGCUGUCCUGGCAGGUUCCUCUGCUCUUCCAAGGACUAUACCAGCGGAGCUACAACUACCAGGAAGUCAGUCGCACUCUUUGUCCAUCAAAAGCAACCAAUGAGACGGGCCCUCUGCAGCAACUGAUCUUUGUAGAUGUAGCAUCCAUGGCUCCUCACGGUGCCCACUACCAGCUGCUGGUCACCAAAAUCAAACACUUCCAGCUCCGGACAAAUGUCGCCUUCCACUUCACUGCCAGCCCCUCUCAACCUCAGUAUUUUCUAUACGAAUUUCCUGAAGAUGUGGACUCUGUUAUCAUUAAGGUGGUGUCUGAGAAGGCUUAUCCCUGUUCAGUUGUCUCGGUUCAGAACAUCAUGUGUCCAGUGUACGAUCUGGACUACGACGUGGAAUUCAAUGGCGUCUAUCAGUCCAUGACCAAGAAAGCUGCCAUCACGCUACAGAAGAAGGAUUUUCCAGAUGAGCAGUUCUUCGUGGUGUUUGUGAUAAAACCUGAAGAUUACGCGUGCGGGGGAUCAUUCUCCAUCCAGGAAAAUGAAAAUCAGACCUGGAAUCUACAACGAUCAAAGAACCUGAAAGUGACCAUUGUCCCAUCUAUCGAAGGAUCUGUGUAUGUGAAAUCCAGUCUCUUCAGUGUUUUCAUCUUCUUGGGUUUCUACUUGGGAUACCUGCUCGCUGUGUUAUUUCAUCAUGUCAGGUUUCAGAGGAAAUCCAUUGAUGGGAGCUUUGGUUCCAGUGACGGAAAUAUGGCUGUAUCACAUCCCAUCACUGCCAGUACGCCGGAAGGGAGCAACUAUGGGGCAAUCGAUGAGUCGAGUUCCAGUCCUGGAAGACAGAUGUCUUCCUCCGAUGGUGGGCAGCCCUGCCACUCGGACACAGACAGCUCCGUGGAGGAGAGUGACUUCGACACCAUGCCAGACAUUGAAAGCGACAAAAACAUCAUCCGGACCAAGGAAAGGGCAGGCAGACUUCAGAAUCAGGAGCCCUACCCCAGCUCCUGUUGCUUUUGCAAGCUAAGUGUGGAGUUGAACAUCAUCACCAUCGCUGUGUUUUACGCUCUGCCCGUGAUGCAGCUCGUUAUCACCUACCAGACGGUGGUAAAUGUCACUGGCAACCAGGACAUCUGUUACUACAACUUCCUCUGUGCCCAACCCUGGGGCGUCCUGAGUGCCUUCAAUAAUAUCCUCAGUAACCUGGGUCACGUGCUCCUGGGCUUCCUCUUUCUGCUGAUAGUGUUGCGCCGGGACCUGCUCCAUCGAAAAGCCCUGGAAGCUAAAGACAUCUUUGCCAUGGAGUAUGGGAUUCCCAAACACUUCGGUCUCUUCUAUGCCAUGGGCAUUGCGCUGAUGAUGGAGGGCGUUCUCAGUGCUUGUUACCAUGUCUGCCCGAAUUACUCCAACUUCCAGUUCGACACUUCCUUCAUGUACAUGAUUGCGGGCCUCUGCAUGCUGAAGCUCUAUCAGGCCCGCCACCCAGACAUCAAUGCCAGCGCCUACUCUGCCUACGCCUCCUUCGCGGCAGUCAUCACACUCACGGUCCUCGGAGUGGUGUUUGGGAAAAAUGAUGUGUGGUUCUGGGUCAUCUUCUCUGUGGUCCAUAUUCUUGCUUCCCUGGCCCUCAGCACCCAGAUCUACUACAUGGGCCGUUUCAAGAUAGAUGUGUCUGACACAGAUCUGGGGAUCUUCCGGAGGGCUGUUAUGGUGUUCUACAUGGACUGUGUCCAGCAGUGCAGCAGACCUCUGUAUAUGGACAGGAUGGUGCUGCUCAUUGUGGGGAACCUGGUUAACUGGUCCUUUGCCUUCUUUGGACUCUUCUGCCGGCCCAGGGACUUUGCAUCCUAUAUGCUGGGCAUCUUCAUCUUCAACCUGCUGCUGUACCUGGCUUUCUACAUCAUCAUGAAGCUCCGCAGCUCGGAGAAGAUCCUCCCACUACCGCUCUUCUGCAUCGUGGCCACGGCGGUGGUGUGGGCUGCGGCCCUGUACUUUUUCUUCCAGAACCUCAGCAGCUGGGAGGGAACCCCAGCAGAAUCGCGGGAGAAGAACCGAGAGUGUGUGCUGCUGGACUUCUUUGAUGACCACGACAUCUGGCACUUCCUCUCUGCGACUGCCCUGUUUUUCUCAUUCCUGGUGUUGCUGACCCUGGAUGACGACCUGGAUGUGGUUCGCAGAGACCAGAUCCCUGUCUUCUGAGCCUCCAGCAUCACAGGGGGGAGAAGGCCCGAUUCACUUUGGUGCUGUUUCGUGGGAAAUAUGUCCACAGCAGCAUGUCCACUGCCAGACACUCCACUGGGCUCUGGGGAGUCAACUGUGUCUGCAUUCAUACAGGAAGGCUAGAACUUGGGGUGAGCUGCACCCCGAGAAGAAUGGGAGAACGGAAGACCAGCUGUGCGCAGAAGCAAAGCCAGGAGGCUCAGGAAUCUCUGUUUGCAAUUUAGAGUUCAGUGUGGACAAGCUGCGUCAGGCCAGCUUGCUGCCUUGGCCCCUUCUAUCCUCACCGAUUGGGCGGAAGACUAGCUACUUGUACCUUCCACCUAGAGUCUUUGGUGUGGCCACUGCCACCCCUGUAAAACACCUACUGCUCUAGAAACCUAAAGCACCGUCUCAACCCCCCCCCCACAGGAGCCUCCGAGGCUGUGAUUCCUCAGAUAAGGUGCAGAAGUGGGACCAAGUCCCCACCCAACUGAGACAGACCUUCUGGUAACUCAAGUAUUCAGAAAGAAUGCUAAACAACCCCCCAGGUUCUUGGCACUACUGGAAAUGCUCAGGAUGGGACUUUGCCAUGAGCACUUCCGAGGUCUGGGCCCAAGGUCUGGGGAAUCACCAAUUUCCAAGUGUCUUUGUCUUACCACUGGAGGGUGACCAGGCACACUGGUGCGGCCUUCUCAGAAGGGCCCUCUUUCUCCGUAGACUUCUACCAGUUCUGAGAUGGAUAAGGAAGGGACGGAACUACAGCAGAAGAAGCGAGAGCAGUGACAGACUGUGCCAACUGCCUGCUCUCCUCAGCUUAAGGACUCUGGAUCCUGGAGCAAAUUCAACAAAGCAACAGGGCUUGGUGGUCCUCUCAUAACACAGCUCAACCGGUGCCCGUAUGCCCUUUGCAGGGAAAUAAGUGUUCCCAGCAAUGUUACCCUGGACUCCUCCACCCUUGAGCCUCUCGCCUGUGACUUACGUAGAUGUCACUCAGGAUGGACACAUGCUCCCCUCCCCGACUUGGGUUGCAGAGAUCAGAGCUGAUCCAGUCACCUAACACUGCAUCUCUCUAAGAUGUAGAAAGGCUCAGCACUCUAGUUCCCGUCUCUCACACAGCCUGGCAAGCCUCGUGAGAAGCCCCAUUUGACCAGGCUUCCUGGUCGCCUGGAGAGUGGUGUCAUCAGAAAACAGGCACACCUGCCUAUUGCUUGUGAAACUGAAGUCUCUCCUUACCUGUGUGUUCUUGGUCACUUAUUAAGGAAGCGGAUCAGGCAUUCCUCUUUUUAAAGGUUGUUAUUCUUUAUCUCAGCUAUCUGCAUACUGUUCAAACAUAUGCUUUGAAAGUUCGAAUGGCAAGGUUUUCUUGAUUUUAAAAAGGAAAAGAUAAUUUCCAUGAAUAAUUUUGUGCGUUUUGUCUUUCUUCCCCAAACGGUCUCAUGUCUGCAAUUGGUUUUCUGUUAUUCUUCAUUACUUCGGAACUUACUGGUUUCUCUGGGUCCUAUGAAGACUGUCGGUUAGAUGGACAUCCUAGUCAAACAUCUUUACAGAAGCAAGAACGCUGCAAACAAGUGUGCCUAAGGCCCUUAAUCCCAGCCCAGGCAGGGGCAGGUGGCCAUGUGACUCAAGGCCAACCUGGUCUGCAAAGUUGGGUGCCAGGCCAGCUAGUGUUAUGGUGAGACCAGAUCUCAAAACAAACAAACAAACAAAAGAAAGCAAAUUCAAAUCUGAUUGCUUAUGGCGGAUUGUGGAUUCUUUCAAAGCAAUUCUCCCGGUAUUGAAUCUUAAAUAAGCCAGUAAGGAAAACCCGUCCAAACAGCCCUGUGGUGUGAGUGAAUAAAUACAAAGCUACACUAUCUGUUUUGGAAGCUUGUUUCGGGGGCAGAGAGUCAGUGAA